AACCGCAAUGCUCGACUCGCCUGCCGCCAUCGCCAGGUCAUCCUCACAGGCGGAAUCCAAUUCUCCGUCCCCAGACUGAUUUCUCCGGUUUCCCCAGCCGUGCUCUGGGGUAGAGCCGGCGCCGAAGCUUGACAGCGCCCGUUCUUCUAUAACCCCGGAUUUGCGCCUCCGCAUAUAAGAUGCGGUGAAGAGGACUGCCGGGGUCAGCGAAUCCAGGGAUAGCACCCACAGUCACGAUGCUUCUCUAUCGUGGUCUUCUGCUUCUUUUGCACGUUCUGCUUGUGCACUCGGCUGCUCUCCAGCCGCGUCUCUCGACAGCUACUCGGGAGACAUGCCAGACGAGUCUGAAAUGCCCUGAGGGCACGAUCAUCGUGUCCAACUCGUCGCACCCCGCCGCUCAAUUCAAGUCUAUCCAGGCUGCGUUUGCCUCCCUCCCCAACGACAACUCCUCCCACACAAUUCUGGUGCUUGCAGGAACCUACCAUGAGCAACUCAACCUGACGCGCCCGGGCCCUGUCACUUUGCUCGGCCAGCAACCCGAUCGCAGCGCUCUCACCGAUCCCACUCGCAACCGCGUCACCAUCACCUGGGCUGCUGCCAACCAGGACAAUACCGGCCAGUCGGUGGACAACGUUUACUCCAGCGUGUUGAUCGUCUCGCCUACCUUGGACGCCAGUCUGACUGGGUCGGGUACCACAGGGUUUGCUGUUCCCGCGGACACACCGUUUGGCAACACCGACUUCCGAGUGUACAACAUCGACUUCCGCAACCUGUGGGCAGAGUACAGCGAUGGGCCCGCCCAUGCGAUCAGUUUCAGCCGUGCCAACGGAGGGUUCUACUACUCUGGAUUCUACUCCUACCAGGACACCGUCUACAUUGGCAAACUCGGCAAUGCCUACUUCCACAAGUCCAUCAUUGCCGGCCAAACCGAUUUCCUGUAUGGCUUUGGGACCGCCUGGAUCCAAUCGUCCUCCAUUCUCCUGAGAUCAUGCGGCGGCGGCAUCACGGCCUGGAAGGGCACCAACACGACGUUUGAGAACAACUACGGCGUGUACAUCGUCGACUCGACGGUCAACGCAGCCAACUCGUCCCUGGUGUCCGAGAUCAAGGGCAAAUGUGCGCUCGGACGGCCCUGGAACUCGCUGCACCGGUCCAUCUUCGUGAACAGCUACGAAGACGGCAGCAUCGAGCCGUCUGGCUACAUCAACUGGGAGGACCGGUGGGCGGCCAAUCAGACGCUGAUGGCCGAGUACCGCGCCUACGGACCGGGCUUCAAUGCCACCGGCCGGAAGGAGGGCGGGGUGACCGUCCUGUUGAAUGCACAGGAGUACAAGCGGUACGAUUCGCUGGAGAAGGUGUUCUUGACACCGGAGGGUGAGGCGGGCAACAUCGCCUGGAUUGAUUGGGACAUCGCUGGCAAAGACUGAUAGGUAGUAGCUGUGCUUAAUUCCGCACCCAAUCCAUAAACUCGCCCUUUGAUAAUCUGCAUCGAACCUCCAGACCCCAAAUCUUCAAAUCACACACACACAUACACACA